CCUCCUCGCAACCCUCCCAACAAGAUACCCGCAGCCUUUCCAGUACCUCCCAUAUCCUCCUACAGCUAUGGCGCCCUCCUCGAUAACCGCUCAGCGGAUCGAGGAAGCUCGGACUCUCUCGAAGACCAACCCUUCCAAGGCUGAGAGUACCUUCAAAGAGAUCCUAGCUCAAGGUCCUGGAUCGUCGGAAGCUUCCUCUAGGGACUACGAGAAUGCUCUGGUUGGAUUAGGAGAGCUGUAUAGAGAUGGGAAGAAGCCGCAGGAGAUCGCGGACCUCAUCAAGACCAGCCGGGACUCCUUCUCGUCAUUUGCCAAAGCCAAGACUGCAAAGCUAGUCCGCCAGCUACUGGACUUGUUCAGUGAAAUCCCCAACACGCUCGAUAUCCAGGUUGCCGUCAUCCAGUCUUGCAUCGACUGGGCCAUCUCCGAACGCCGUUCUUUCCUUCGACAGAACCUCCAGACCCGUCUGGUGGCCAUUUACAUGCAGAAACAAUCCUACUACGAUGCGCUCAACCUCAUCAACCCCCUCCUCCGCGAGCUGAAGCGAUUGGAUGACAAGCUCAUGCUGGUUGAAGUGCAGCUGCUGGAGUCGCGGGUGUUCCAUGCCCUGGGCAACCAGGCCAAGGCGCGUGCUGCCUUGACGGCUUCUCGGACAUCGGCCGCUUCCGUCUACACACCUCCCAACCUGCAAGCCGGCUUGGACAUGCAAAGUGGUAUGCUGCAUGCGGAGGACAAGGACUUCAACACCUCGUACUCCUACUUUAUCGAAGCCUUGGAGGGCUACAGCUCGCUGGACGAGGGCGAGAAGGCGACCGCGACUCUCCAGUACAUGCUGCUCUGCAAGAUUAUGUUGAACCUGGUGGAUGACGUGACGAGUCUGCUGGGCUCCAAGCAAGCCCAGAAGUAUGCCAGCCCUCGGCUCGAGGCCAUGAAGGCCGUGGCGCGUGCUCACGCCAACCGAUCGCUGGAAGAGUAUGAGAAGGCUCUGUCGGACUACCGGUUCGAACUCGGCAGCGAUGCGUUUAUUCGCAACCACCUCCGCCGACUGUACGAUGCCAUGUUGGAGCAGAACCUGAUCAAGGUGAUCGAGCCCUUCAGCCGAGUGGAGUUGGACCAUAUCUCCAAGAUGGUCGGGCUGGACACGCAGCAAGUGGAGCGCAAGCUGUCCCAGAUGAUCCUGGACAAGGUGAUUAUCGGCGUGUUAGAUCAAGGAUCGGGAUGUCUGAUCGUCUACGAUGAGACGGAGCGAGACCAGGCGUACGACGCUGCCUUGGAUACCGUGGCCAAGCUGAGCAACGUGGUGGAGGAACUGUACACAAAUCAGGCUUCGCUGUUGGAUAUGCUCCGUGUUGUAUGUGUCUUUGAUCACUGGGUUACCGAAACGGGACUAGCGCCCAUCGCGGCAAAAGAAUCGCGACGCCGCGAAAGAAACGACGUCCUUCCGACCCAUCGGGAGCUUGUUCCUUCCACUCCGUAUUUGCUGCUCUCCUCAUCAAUUCCCGAUCCGAUCCCUUGCGGGCCUAUUCCCUGCUACGUCACGAGAACCAUGAAUGCCCCAAUGCCGCCCAACUACGGCCGUGGCUUCCCGCAGGCCGCCCAACGGUCUCCUGCCACGCCUCGUCGCGGACCUCCAGGACCAGGCCCUGCAAUGCCGGUGCCCAUGGCUCAACAUCCCGUUCCCCCUCAGUAUCUGCCUGCGCAGCGCAACAUGGCACACCCCAACGACGCCGCCAUACGUCGGAGCCGCAAGCCCACCGACAAGAACAUCCCCGACGGUAUUGAAGAUGUAAUUGUCGGAGAAGGCGUACAGCAGUACAAGAGCCUGCGCGACCUGGAGAAACGACUUGACGCCGCCAUCGUCCGCAAGAGACUGGACAUCCAGGAUUCAAUCAGCAAGACCGUCAAGAAAUACCGCACGAUGCGCAUCUGGAUCUCGAAUACGGUGGAGUCUCAGCCCUGGCAGGAUGCCAGUGGGCAAAAUGGGUCGGCACCUGGAAGUAACCCCGGCUCGGGACGAUACAAGGUCCGUAUCGAGGGACGCCUACUGGACGACGACAGUGAUCCCACGGCAGCCGAGGACAGUGAAGACGAAGGCGCGGACGAAUCGAAUGGAGAUGCUAUGGAACAGGAUUCUGCGGAGGCCAAGAAAUCCGGCGCCAAACGUCAAAAGCAGCGCUUCUCGCACUUUUUCAAGACCAUCUCCGUCGACUUCGACAAGGCCUCCACGGCCAACCCGGAGGACGUCAAACCCGUUAACUGGGCCAAACCUCAGCUGCCACCCAACGCCGUCUCGCUUCCUCCCACUGCGGACUUCGACUCGCUGCAGUUUUCUCGGGCGUCCCAGGAAAAUUUGAACGUCACCAUUAGCCUUGUUCACGACGAGGUGCCUGAGCGAUACAAGCUGAGCAAGGAGCUGGCGGAGGUCCUCGACGUUGAGGAAGAGACCCGAAGUGGCAUCGUCCUUGGCAUUUGGGAUUAUAUCCGCGCUAUGGGCCUUCAGGAAGAUGAGGAGAAGCGCCUCGUCCGUUGUGAUCAUCGUUUGCGAUCGAUCUUCGGUAGAGAACAAAUGUUUUUCCCGCAAAUUCCCGAGAGCAUCGGCCCUCACACUAGUCCUAUUGACCCCGUCAAGCUGCCCUACACCAUCCGCGUCGACGAAGAGUUCCACAAGAAUCCCACGCCUACCGUGUACGAUAUCCAAGUGGCCGUGGAGGACCCUCUCCGCGCCAAGAUGCUGGCAUUGACGAAAAACCACCAAUACUCCAUGGCCAUGCAAAAGAUCACCGCGCUGGAUGACCAAGCAGCUCUCAUCAUCCAGACCUUGACGCAUUCGCGCGCCAGACAUUCCUUCUACACGGCGCUCAGCAAGGACCCGGCCAACUUUGUGCGUCGCUGGAUCAAUUCCCAGCGCCGCGAUCUCGAGACGAUCCUUGGCGAAGCCACGCGCGGUGGCGGCGAAGAUGGCAGCGGACCCGAGUUCCGCCGUGGAGGCUCCGAUGGUGCCUGGGACACGCCCGUGGCCCGUGAAGCUGUACGGUACAUGCUUGCGAAGCCGGAGGCAGCUAUGGGACGGUGAUUUUAGUUACGUCGGUGUUCUGAUCAUCCCUGGAUGGGAGGGGAAACCCGUUGGGCUUGGAGGCGCUUAUGUGGUGUUCGGAUUGGGGGUAGUUCUUUUAAUACUUGUUUCUUGUUCUUCCUACAACUCAAUUUACUGUACUUUGGAGUGGUGUCAAUCUCACUUGUG